CUAAACGUCAAAAACGAAAAGGAAAAAAAGAGAUGAAAAUCUGUAUCCCUUCUCGAAACCUAAUAUUAGCCACAACCAUUUUUCUAGUUUUUAUUGUUCCCCUGAGAGCCCAAAACUGGUCACACGAUUAUUGGAUAGCUCACAACAACGCACGAGCCGCGGUGGGGGUGAGUCCUUUAAGGUGGAACAAUUAUGUGGCUUCUUAUGCUCAACACGUCGCGGAGUUGCGUAAAGGAACCUGCGCUACGCAUAGCUCGGGAGGGGCCUUUGGCGAGAACAUCGCUCGGGGUGAUGGUAGCAUGUCAGGCGUUGAAGCGGUUGCCAAGUGGGUGAACGAGAAAUUUGACUACGAUUAUGAUUCCAACGCAUGUGCUUCGGGCAAAGUGUGCAGCCACUAUACUCAGGUUGUGUGGAGGACCUCGGAGAAGCUGGGAUGUGCAAGAGUGAGAUGCGACAAUGGUCAAAUAUUGGUUAUUUGCAGCUAUGAUCCUCCCGGUAACGAUGUUGGCGAGCGACCUUACUUUAAGGAAAUUAAAAGCUCGUCCAUUUGAAUAUGUUUACAAAUAUAUGUGUUGUAUUGUUUUUUUUUUUUUGUGAACGUGUAGUAUUGUUUCUAUAUGUUGUUCAUCUAUAUCAAUCUUACUGUCGUCAGCUAAUAGAGAUUGGUUUGUCCAGUCA